AUGAUAUCUGGGAUAGGCGAUUUGAAAGAUCGUUUCUCCAUUUUCUGGCCGUUGAAUGAUGAUGAUCCGAAACCUCUCUUUUGGCCACAUCUAACCAGUCUAACCUUGGAGUAUAUACCUAUCACGCCAUGUGGACAAUGGUUGUUUAAACAAGACGACGACGUCGAGCCCGAUUACGAUUCAGACAGUGUUGGCUCCUACUAUGACGAUAUGGAUGACACCGAUCAGGAUUGGGUUCCUCCAGAGGACCGCAAGUUCAGACGAUUCCGAACCAAGUUCGUGCACGAAUUGUUCAAUCAAUAUUAUCUAUCAGCUGGCAAGGCUGCUCUUCGGAUGCCUAAACUAGAAUCGAUGUUAUUGGACGUUUCGAACCGAUCUGAACACCGGUUUUGGUAUCAGGUGGAGAAUGGAGUGGCGAAAGUGACCUGGCUCGGUGAUGAUUACCCUAGAGGGUUUGAACCAAGCGAUGAGGUCUUGCAACUUUGGAAGCAGGUUGCUUUGGAACAUACCGGUCGUGACCUAGUGGUUCAAUUCGGAUUCGAAUUCUGUUGA